AACCAACCCCGGUUAAACCAGAGAGUUCACCUGCUUAUUGCAUAUUGUUUUAAAUAUUUGUUGGUGUAAGAAACAAAGUAAAGUAAUCAAGUGGUGUAAGGAAAUGGCCUCUCCCGGUCCCGGCACGGCGUCUACCGUCACGUCGUCGUCGGCCGGCUCGGAGGCGACACGGGCGCCGCCUGCGGCGCUGACGGAGGAGAGGAAGCGCAAGCGCAAGGAGUCGAACCGGCUAUCCGCGCAGCGGUCGCGCGCGCGCAAACUGCUGCAGGUGGACGAGCUGGAGGCGGAGGCGGCAGCGCUGCGCGCCCGGAACUGCGCCGUGGCAGCGGCGGCACAGGAGGCCGCGCGCCGGUGCGCGGUCGUCCAGGCCGAGAACGAGCUCCUGCAUGCGCGGGCGCUGGAGCUGGGCGCGCGCCUCGAGUCCCUCGCCGAGCUGAUCCAGUACAUGGACGCGGCCGCCGCCAUGGGUGCUUCCUCCAUCCCGCUCGCCGGCGUCAACGGCAACGCCUUGGCCCCGCAGCCGAUCCUGCAAACGGAGUUGUACUACAACUACUCCUACCACUGCUAGCAGAUCGCAUCAUGUUGGUUUCGUGUAGCUCUGUGUUGUCUAUGCGUCUAGUAUGUGCUUAUGCUUUUCCUCCCAGGUAGAGUAGUGUUAUUGGGUGGGCAGGGGCAAGGAAAUUAAAGAGUGGUUGUACGUGUGUCGACUGACUUUAUAGUGUGACAUCGACGGCAACGACAAUGUGUGUGGUUUAUUGGAUGCCCUCGUGGAACAAGCAACGCUAUGUGAUGUGCAUUAUUUUUCCUAAAGCUGUUAUCACAUCGCCUAUCACUCUCCAAAGGAGAAAAAAGUAAUAACUGACCGUGGGAAAAAGAAAGAUGGACGGCUGCAAGUUGUGAUUGUCGUACGUGGAAAUGCAUUAUGCACGGAGAGCUUCACAAAGACGUUAUGUAUAAUACGGCUUGUUGAGUAUUGUGAUUAUUAGUAAGGUUAGGAUAGCGUAGGAUAUUAUUCUAUCUUGUCUUUUACUCCAAGAUGAUUAUGUACUCUUAUAUAUAUGUCCACGAGGCUCAAGCAAUACAAAAAACUAUUUCAUCAA